UUUUGAAUUUACAGCGCUAAUAUUACUAUUAAAUUAUUGAAGCAGAAGAUGUCGUGCAGCCCUACAAUGUUUCAAGAACUGGAAGCUCCACCAGGUAGUGGUCAAGAAGAUCAAAGAGCUCUCCAGAUUGCGUUGGAAUUAUCAAAUUUGGGACUUCUAGGCACCGGCGAUGAUGACAGUUCAACAUCCAGCUAUGAUGAGAUUACGAAAAGCAAGAAAAGCCAAAAUAUGACAGAAUGUGUACCUGUUCCCAGCUCUGAGCAUGUGGCAGAAAUUGUCGGCAGGCAAGGAUGUAAAAUCAAGGCUUUGCGGGCAAAAACCAGUACAUACAUCAAAACACCUGUUAGAGGAGAAGAACCAGUGUUUGUUGUAACUGGCAGGAAAGAAGAUGUAGCAAUGGCGAGGCGGGAAAUUCAAUCUGCUGCUGAACAUUUUACACAAAUUAGAGCUACAAGGAAUAAGGCUGGUGUUCCAAACACAGUUGCACCUGUACCUGGAUUAGCACAUCCUAUGACCGUAUCAUCUGGAAAUUCUUCACCCACUGAUCUCACUUCACCUGGUACAAUCACACUGCAAGUCAGGGUUCCAUACAGAGUUGUUGGAUUAGUUGUCGGACCUAAAGGUGCUACUAUCAAAAGGAUACAACAGCAAAGUCAUACAUAUAUCGUCACACCGAGCAGGGACAAAGAACCAGUGUUUGAAGUUACAGGUCUUCCAGAGAAUGUUGAAAAAGCCAAAGAAGAAAUUGAAGCUCAUAUUGCUGCCAGAACAGGUAGUCAACAUCGGGAUGUAGAUGAUGAUUUUGCGAGUAAUGGAACUGUUGUUGGCAGUCCUGCUAGCUUUGCAGCAAGAAACCAGUCUGCAUUCACACCAUACCGAAACAGCCCUCUCAUGAGCCAGAACAGGCCUGAUCUUGGAGAUGCCAGCUUUAGAUUUCCAAUGCAGCCAAUUGACAACCCAUUCUUCAGCAACUAUCAGAUUCCAGGAUAUUCUAAGUUUUCACAAGCGACCAACCAACAAAACACAUUGAUGGAUAUGACACAAAAUGGAGCAUUGAACAUGUAUGCACAAAAUACAACUUCACCAAUCGAUCAGCUCGAUACUCAUCCUGAUCAGAUUACCUCAAAUGCGUUGGGUUUUGAUGCAUCUGCAGCACCGGCUACCUCAUGGGCUCUUGGUGACUACAACAACGGGCCUUUGUCAUUCCCAAUCUUUUCAUCUGCAUCUGAUGCCACCACCUCCAUCACUCAAGUGCCCUUGAAUGGAGCAGUUCUCCCAUCUCGUCUCUCUCCUACCUUCUCAGACAGUGAUUUCCCCUUGGCAUUACAACCAGCACAAAGUGUACAAUCGCCGAUGUCAAACUUAUCAAGACCACCAAUGCGAAGAGUUGGAUCAGAUUCUGUGGAUUCUACUGGUAGCAGCAUUCACAGCCUUGAUUUCGGCAAUGUAUUGCACAAGACGGUGUCCAAUGGAAUUAAUAUUGAAAGUGGUUACUCUUCAGGCAGCACCACUGACAGUCAAACAUCUGGCUCACCUGUGGAAAAUAUUUGUGGCAUAUUGGGAAAUAUGCGUACUGCAUCACCACCUCGUGUAUGUAUGAUGUGCCACGAAGGAUCUGUUAUGGCUGCUCUUGUUCCAUGUGGCCACAACCUCUUCUGUUAUGAAUGUGCCAACAAUGCUGCUCUCAAUUCCGCACGUUGUCCCUGCUGCAACGAAACAGCAACAUUGGCUCUUCGUAUAAAAACAGAGCCCGUUGCUUGAAUUUCAAUCAUCAGCAGCAAACAAACAUUGAAAGCCCUCAGUGGUAGGUUUUUAUUUUCUUCCACAACUAUGUAUGAACAAUACCUGGAACCAAUAAUUAUGCUGUUUUUUACUGUGUUUUCUUUUUAUUGAGUUCGGGGUGCGACGUCUUCCUUGGUAUUGGGCUUUGCCAUUUGUAUUUUAAGGUUGACAAAUUCUUUCGAUUUUCUUGAUUCUACAGCACAUUUUUAAAUUUUAUGUGCUCUGAACACAUUGCUUAGAUUCUGUCAAGGUUAUUUCCUCAUUUGCCUUUAAAAUAUUCAAAUCAUAUAAAUUAAAGUUAGUUUUUUUUUGAGAGUGCAUUAAAAAGGCAAUAGGGUUUACCUCGUCAAUCAUUGAAAUUCUCCAGGCACUGCCAAAUGAGUAGCCUACUUAUAUACUUCUACUACCGCCAUAUCCACAUUCACAACUUGCUUUCUCACCAGAUUUCAACCUUCAACGGCCAUAAUUUUUAUUUCCCACCAAGCAUAAUCAUUUAUUUGUUCUCCCGCAUGUUAUUUUUCAAUAGAAAUAUGAAUAUAUUAGAUAUAUUAUAUAUUUUGUAAUUUUGUACGACCGCAUUUUAUUUUAUACCUUGUUUAUUAACACUUUUCCAUCUUGUAAAUUUGAUUUUUUUUCUUUUCUCACUUGCCUUGUGGCGUAUGCUAUCAUGUGCACUAGUUGCAUACCUAUAUAUUUUUGCGUUACUUAUUCAAAAUGCACAGUUUCACUUCUCACAAUCACAUUUUGUUUGGCUUAUCCCUCUAUGUAUACCAUAGUUCGUUUCACUUUGUUUUCGCAUCAUCGUUUGUUAAAAUGUUUCCAUUGGUGGCUGAUUUGGCCUUUCAUUCGUCUUCACUGCCUAUACUAAAAAAAGUCCUUGCCUGUCGAGGCAAAAUGAAACAUGUUUUUAAGUUUGGUGGCCAUGUCUUGAAAAUCAGGAUUACAUUUUCAUAAUUAUUGUUAUCGCACAAUAUAUUCCGUUUGGGACUGAAAAUUUCACUGUCCCCUUAAAAAUAAAAUUUGUUGGUUGUGUGACCAAAUAAGAGUUCUUAUCAAGUUGAUAGUUCUUACUGUGCUCUAGAAAUCAUUGGUGCUAUCUUAUUGCUGCUUGCAACCGUACUUACUGCCUGAUAAAAGUAGUUUUAAAGAAGUUUAUAUUUAUUUCUUAUUACACGCCUGUCCCUUGAUUAAACAACAUCCUUUUUUUGUUCGGUUUUAUUUGGUUAGACAAUAUAUGAAUUCUUGAGACUUAAACAAAACAGAAUCUAAUUUCCUGUAGUAAAUAGUAAUACUCCGUCCUUAAAAAUUAUUUGCCUUGUUGGGUUGUUAGGGAAAUCAAAAUACCAAGACUGUGAACUAUUUAUAAUGUGGGUCUGGCAGUAACAAGAUUUGAUUAAGCUUGUGUGUAUUAUCUAACUGUCCACUGUCAUAUUACUGAGCUAAAGUUAUUUUUGUUUUAAAUUACAAUUAUGUGAAUCUGAAAAAUCAUGGAUGGUUCGUAACAAUCCAUGUAGUUUGUAUAAGUUGUUGUAGCUGCCAAAUAACAGUUCGGUAGAAAUCCCAUAGAAGGACCUUAUUUUGUUCCAAGCAUAUCUGUAUCUUGGCAUGUUUUCGUAAUCUAAAGAUGGUGGGUAAAUUCCAUUUGUCAACAAGGGUCCUGGCUAAUUCUAGUCCUUAUUGUUUUUGUUCAUAUAUCUACCAAGAGGUUUUUUACAGCAAAGUCUGCUUUUAACAUUCUUAUUUUACACUUUUAAUUGUCGAAGAGCUGCUACGAUAGUUUUUUUUUCUUAAAGUUUAGCUAUAGUUUAUAAUAACAUCCCCUUAAUAAGUCUGGGCCUGACACAAAUAUAGAAAUAAGUAAUUAUUAUAACAGUGUUCCUGUAAUCGCAAAGAUUGAAAAAAGUCUUUCACUUUCCAACCCCAUUAUGGGAGAAUUUGAUUGACCAAUUUUGUCAUGAAUAUUGAGUAAUUAACAAUUAUGCUGCAUUCUUUUGUUUCAUUCAUGAUAUAUUUACUGUACUUUCAAGUAUAAUUUCGUUAGAGUUUGUUGUUUUUGUUACAAUUUUCUUUCUUCCUAAUAUCUCAUAUCCCUUUAGUUUGCUGCUAAAUGUAUGUGACCGCGAAUUUUAUUUGUGAUGGGUCAUGUGUAAGUUGUAGUUGGAAAGUGAAUUGCGAUAUAAUUUUUUGCAUUCACUUAACCUGCAACUUGGCAUGACACAAGUCAAAUGACUGGGGUAUGGACAAAAUUGUCCAACCCUUGUGUGAUUGUGUAGCCAUCGAUCAUUGAGCAAGAGUUAACAAAGUAAAGAGUUUUUUUUAUUUUAUGAAGGCAAGUUUUGUUAUACUUAUAAUAAUAAUAAUAUCUGUAUCUAUAUAUUCUAUAGACAACUUUGUGGCCAGAACUGAAUGUUUAUUUGUUUAAAGCUUGAAUUAUGAGAUUGUAAAAGAGUUUUAUUUUUUCCCAUUAAAAUGUAUUUCGUUCUUCAA